GUAAUGCGCCUGCACAAUUGCGACUUUGAUCGUGUGUGAGAUUUAACUUGAUUUAUAUUAAGUGUCCGUUGAGUGAAUUUAUUCUUUAAAUUUUUUUAAAGAUUUUAUGAAUUUUUGUGAAGAAAAGUGUGACAAUGACGUUGGGUAAUUUUGUUUUUAAAGUAUGUCUGGUGAUAUGGUGUGCCCUUGGAGUUUCGGGCAUGAAUAACAAUGAAACUUUACGGCAAACUGAAAUUCUGCUAAGUUUGGCGAACUUUCCGCAGACAUUUUUGUCAGCGUUUGGAAAUGCGGAUAUUUCUCCGGAGUGCAGAAAUGCGAUGAUUCUGUAUGCGCAAGGAAUUGAGAAAUUUGAUGGAUGGGCCCUCAAAAUGUUUGACGCAAUGUCUAAGGUACAGUCCGGUAUCCUGGCCGGAAACCUAUAUAACUUGGGAGCUUACGAUGAAUGCCAAUCGAUACGCGACGUCGCCGUCAACUCGCCGCAGGAUCAAGGAGUGAUCACACUAAUUAGCGGAAGAUAUUGCCUUGCCACAGUGCCUUUCACAAUACCUUUAUAUUGGUCAACAUGUGCUCCUGAUGCAUGUUCAGCAGAUGAUUUAAAUGCUAUUAUGGAAAGUGCACACGUUCCAAUGAAUUUCACGGAAUUAUAUUGUCAUGAUCCGAGUCAAGAUCCGGAAUUCACUUCAGGGGAUAUUAUAUUAAUAGUUUGUUUUGGUAUUAUUUUUACUGCUAUGAUUUUAUCUUCUAUCUACGAUUAUUACCUACGAUAUUAUAAGAAAACAACCUGUCACCCAAUACUACUUGCAUUUUCAAUGGUUACCAACGGUGAGAAACUUUUUGCCACAAGAGAACCAGGAACCGGAGGUGAUCAAAUGGAAUGCCUUUCAGGUAUCCGUUCAAUAAGCAUGAUGUGGAUUAUUCUCGGUCACACUUUCAGUAAUAUUGCAAUCGUAGCUGUUUCUAAUGUGAACAAUAUUUUAAGUUUUAUGACCGAUGGUUGGACAAUGUACGUCCGCGGCGCCACUGUGUCUGUAGACACAUUUUUUCUAAUGGGCGGCAUAGUGAUGAUCUACGUCUAUCUUAAAUCAACCAAGGACAGCCGGACGUUCAAUGUUUUCCAGUAUUAUUUGCAUCGAUAUCUACGUUUAACGCCUGCCCUGGCCGCAGUUCUUGCUGUUCAUCUCACAGUUCUUAGACAUUUUGGUUCCGGUCCUUUCUGGCCAAUGAUGAACAGUUAUGCAUUAGACAAUUGCAAGAAAUAUUGGUGGAGUGUCUUGUUGUAUAUUCAAAACUAUGCCAAUCCAUAUGAAUUAUGUGUUGGUCAAAGUUGGUAUCUCUCUGUGGAUACACAAUUAUUCAUCCUAUCACCAAUAUUUCUUAUUCCCAUUAAACGUUGGCCAAGAAUUACACUUGCUGCUGUUUUCCUUGCCGCAGUGGCAUCCAUUUCAUCCGGUUUUACAAUGGCUUGGAUUUAUGAACUUGUUGAUACAAAUAAUUUAAAAAAAGAUCCAGACGCAACGGAAGCCUACAUGCGGAAGUUUUAUACCACAACAUACGCACGUGCUGCCCCCUGGUUAAUCGGUAUUAUUAUAGGCUACUUCAUUCACAAAGUCAAAAUUGUUCAAAAAGGACAAUUCAAAAUAAGCAAGUUUCUGAAUCUAUCCCUAUGGGCAUGUUCACUUAGCGUGUUGGCAACGUGCGUUUUCACGGACAAGGCGCAGGACGAUUACGAUCGUCUCGCCAUGUCAUCCUACAUCGCAUUCAUGCGUCCUGCAUGGUCACUGGCGCUCUCCUGGGUGAUUUUUGCAUGCGUGACGGGAUACGGCGGAUAUGUGAAUACAUUCUUAUCAGCAAAGAUAUUCCAAGUGUUGGCGCGUCUUACCUAUUCAAUGUACCUCACGCACUUUACCAUCAUCCUCGUGAUAGAUUUAUCAACAAAACAGCCGAUAGCGUUUUCGAAUAUACGCGUGUUGUAUGAUUUUUGGUCUGUUUUUGCUCUUGUUUUUGCAAUCAGCGUGUUUUGGACGUUGGCGUUCGAAUCGCCGAUUAUUAUCAUUGAGAAAUGUCUUCUCGGAAGCGGAAAUAGGAAGAAAUCGGAAGUUGCUACUAAAGAUAAUAAUGUAAAUACUACUUUUGGUAGUUCAAGUAAUAUAGUGGAGGAAAAUGUUAUUGGUGGGCAUUAUCGUUCGCAUGAUGAACAAACUAUUCAAAAUGGCGUCUAUAACCAAAGUUACGUUCAUGAUGAAACUACACAGGGCACCAAAGUACAAUAAUGUGAUAAUAAAAUAAUUUUAGAGAAACACACUGUAUAUAAUAAACUUUUUAACUGUUUA